GUUUAUGUAUUGUGAAGGUGUGCAACACUGUGAAGUGUCCUACAUACUUGAAACACUACAAUGGCAAGAUCGAAGGCUAUAGCAUCUCCUCCAUCCCGUCUUCUUCUUCUUCUUCUUCUCCUCUUCCUGUGCGGCUCCCAUGCAGCGCAGCAGCCGAUCCGAGCCGUGGUGGUUCUCAUCAUGGAGAACCGCUCCUUCGACCACAUGCUGGGGUGGAUGAAGUCGGCCCUCGGCUUGCCCAUCGACGGCCUCAGCGGCACCGAGUGCAACCGGCGGUCGGUCGCAGACCCCACCUCCCCCUCCAUCUGCGUCUCCGACGACGCCCGGUACGUCGACCCCGAUCCCGGUCACUCCUUCGUCGCCGUGCGGGAGCAGGUCUUCGGGUCGAGCAACAGCAGCGAAAGCACCGCCGUGCCUUCCAUGUCCGGCUUCGUCCAACAGGCCCUCUCCGUGUCCGAGGACCUCGCGGGCACCGUCAUGAAGGGGUUCAAGCCGGAGAACGUGCCGGUGUAUGCCGCCCUGGCCCAGGAGUUCGCGGUGUUCGACCGGUGGUUCUCGUCGUUACCGGGGCCGACGCAGCCCAACCGACUGUUCGUCUACUCCGCCACCUCCCACGGCGCGACGUGCCACGACAAGGUGCAGCUGGCCAAGGGGUACCCCCAGAAGACCAUCUUCGACUCCCUCCACGACGACGGGCUGGAUUUUGGCAUCUACUACGAGAGCGCGCCGGCGACGCUGUUCUACCGCAACCUGAGGAAGCUGAAGUACGUAUUCAAGUUCCACAAGUUCGGGACGUUCAAGGAUCACGCCCGAGACGGCAAGCUACGGAGCCUGAGCGUGCUCGAGCCGCGCUACUUCGACCUGCUCGGCAAGGCCGCCAACGACGACCACCCCUCGCACGACGUCGCCAACGGGCAGAAGAUGGUGAAGGAGGUGUACGAGGCGCUGCGGGCCAGCCCGCAGUGGAACGAGAGCCUGUUCAUCAUCACCUACGACGAGCACGGCGGCUUCUACGAUCACAUCGCCACGCCCACCGUCGGCGUUCCCAGCCCCGACGGCAUCGCCGGCCCUGCCCCCUACUUCUUCGGCUUCGAUCGGCUCGGCGUUCGUGUCCCCGCCAUCCUCAUCUCCCCCUGGAUCAAGAAAGGCACAGUCGUGAGCAGGCCGCAGGGACCGGCACCGACGUCCGAGUUCGAGCACUCUUCGAUCCCUGCAACCAUAAAGAAGCUAUUCAACCUCACCUCAGAUUUCCUUACCCAGAGAGAUGCUUGGGCUGGCACAUUCCAGAACAUCUUCAGCGAACUCACCUCACCAAGGACCGAUUGCCCUGAGGUGUUGCCGGAUGUGCCGCCGCUGAGGGCGACGAAGGCGAAGGAGCACAGAGUUGUGUCGGAGUUCCAGAGCGAGAUCGUCGAGAUGGCGGCUAUUCUCAACGGAGAUCAUCGCCUGACCAAACACGGGGACAAGACCAUCAAGCGAAUGACGGUGAGGGAGGCUGAUGCUUAUGUGAGCCACGCAGUUGCCAGGUUCUUUCGAGCGAGCAAAGAUGCCAUCGAGAAGGGAGCAGACGAAUCAAAGACAGUAGACAUGGCAGCAGCCAAGCAUGGUUGAUGGAAGGUUACAUGUUCUUGUAGUGGAGAUGAUGAGACUCAAGCAAUAAUCUUGUAGCUAGCAACAAGUGCUUGUUAUAUAGACAGUACAAGUUUGCUUUCAGUGAUCCAAUGACAGCGAGUAGUUAGCAGAAAUGCUUGAUGAA